UCAGCGGUGAGGCCAGACCAGCGCCGCGAUGACGGUGUCGUACCAGAACGAAGUGGCCUCGUCCACGAGCGGCGGCUUCACGCGGUUGCUGGUGAAGUGGCGCGGCUCGCUCUACAAACUCAUCUACCGCGAGCUGGCGCUCUUCUGCAUAGCCUACGCGGCCGUCAGCGUGAUCUACUGGAGGCUGAUGGAUGAGGCGCAGAGGCGGACCUUCGACCUUCUCCGGGCGUACUGCAACACCUUCAUCAACCUGAUCCCGCUGUCGUUCGUGCUCGGCUUCUACGUCAGCUUCGUGGCGCAGCGCUGGUGGCAGCAGUACAUGGCCAUCCCGUGGCCGGACAAGAUCCUGCACGCGAUCGCGCUGUACGUGCGCGGUGUGGACGAGAACUCCCGGAUGAUCCGGCGGACAAUGGUGCGCUACCUGAACCUGUCGCUCAUCCUGCUGCUGCGCUCCAUCUCGUCAGCCGUUAAGCGACGUCUGCCCACGCUCGAGCACCUCGUCGAGUCCGGUUUCAUGACGGCCACGGAGCUGGAGGAGUUCAGCAGCGUACCCAGGAAGGAGUUCAACACCUACUGGAUCCCCUGCUGCUGGUUCGUCAGCUUGCUGAGAGAGGCGCGCAUCACCAACCACGUGAUCGACUCGCAGGGCCUGAAGCUCAUCGUUGAGACCUUCAACGAGUACCGAGCCAACUGUGGAUUGCUGUGGAGCUACGACUGGGUCAGCAUCCCCCUGGUCUACACUCAGGUUGUCACCAUCGCCACGUACGCGUUUUUCGUGGCGUGUCUGGUGGGCAGGCAGCAGGAGGCGGGCCAGACGCUGCACGCGUCGGACGCCGGUCAGCUGGAUCUCUACAUUCCGCUCUUCACCGUUCUCCAGUUCCUCUUCUACAUGGGUCUGCUCAAGGUGGCAGAACAGCUGAUCAAUCCAUUCGGGGAUGACGACGAAGACUUUGAGUUGAACUGGAUCAUUGACAGGCACGUGAAGGUGUCGUACCUGAUCGUCGACUCCCUGAACGUGCGCCGGCCGCCGCUCGUCAAGGACAUGUACUUCGACGACCCGGGUCUGACGCUGCCGUACACAGAGGCGUCCGUCCAGUACAAGAUCCCGACGUACCGCGGAUCAGUCGACAGCAUGAAGGUGCCCGAGAGGCAGCACACGAUGGUGCUGCCCGAGAUCAAGGAGGAGCAGGACGAGAGCGGCGACGAGGACGGUGCAUUCUUCGGCUCCACGUCGCUCGGCAGCAUCGCCGCUGAGAACGGCAUGAUGGACGGUCGUGACCCGCGCGUGGGCGCUGUGAGCGUGCCGGACGAAGCGCUGCUCUCCGGACGCAGUCGCACCUCCUCCAGCAGCACGGCGUCAAAGAUGCGGCCGCAGCGCCACUCGGAAUCAGCAGGUAGCUGUGGCUCGACGAGCGACGAGGCAGUGCUGCGGCGCCACUGCCUGGCGCCGAGCGGCGGCGCGGUGGAGCGCCACACCUCCAUGUCGGCGCCGAACCGCGCCGAGCGCCGGCUGCCCAAGCGCUCCGUCUCCUGGCAGUCGCCGCACCUCAUCCCGGCGCGCUGGCGGCGCCGCAAGCGCGCCGAGGUCAUCUGGCACCCCCUGCCCGACAUCCAGCGUGCCAACACCUCCAGUCUCGAGCGCAAGCACAGCCUACCCGCGCCGGCCAACAAGCGGGUGCAGAUCGUAGCGCCCUCGGAGCUUGACGAGCUGCCGGGCCGGACGCCGCCGCCGCCACCGGCACCCUCGCCCAGUCAGCGGCGCAUCGACGCUCAGCAGCAGGCGCACUGCAAGCGGCCGUAG